GUCAAUUUUGAAAUCCCGAGACUGUAUUGUGGAAUAUCCGAAAGAUGGACUCCGGUCCACAUGACGAAGUCGAAGAGCGAUCCCAAACAUUCGAAUUGGGGGACGUGCAAAAACUAGCGAGCGAUUACCAGCUCAGUCGACGUGAUCACGGCGAAAUAGUCCAGGAUUGGACCUGGAAACAAAAUUAUGCGCUCAUCACCUUUGAGCUCCUAACCGGUGCUGCAUUUAAAUACAUUCAUUGGAAAACAAAGGGGGUUGCCGUUAAAAUGUCUGAGGCGAUGUACUGUGUGCCUACCCCCGAUACUCUGUGUCAAUCAAUGGACAUUUUACCGCGUCAAUCCUCCAUUCACAUUAAGAAAGGGGAAGAUGCGAAGUGGCACCUACUUGCAAAUGGUUGGCGCGAUGACCAACUGAAGGAGAUACCGGACUGGAUUGAUGAAUUGAUCAAAUUGAAUAUGGAUGGGCCAAUCUCAGACAUAUUUCGGGGUCGUGAAGACCCCUUACCAUCAUUCGGCUUACUCUCCCGGAUAAGCGGGUUUCUGGGGUUGUUUCUCUAGGGACGGCCUAUAGGUAGAUAGGUGGGGGGAAUAGUAGGUUUAAGUAUUAAUGGGUCUAUCUUAACCGCUCGGGUUAUGUGGGACUCGAAGCAUGAGAGGAGCUUGCGACUCUCAUGCGAGGAUGCUAGGUUUCCAUCUGAGCUGGCUAGACUCUUAGCAGCCUUGUGGUGUAUGUGUCAGCGGUUCCUGACAUACUGUUCGAGGUCAUUUAGUUGUUUCAGAGUCUACCCUAUUUCUUCCCGACUAUAUCAGUCCUACAAUAAUU